GUCUAUAAUUUUACCAGGUAACCUUUCCCUAUAAAAUGGAGCACACCUUGGAAACGAUUUCAAGCAAACCGGUAGAGUAUUUCACGCAAAAGAUGAAGAAACUAAGCCUAAGCAUUCUGUUCUUGGCCUGUCUGGUGGCUUUUGCCGCUGCCCAAAGUGCUUCUGAUGUCACAGCUUAUUGGACUGACUACAAGCCUACCGAUAAUGGCUGGGAACUACCUUCUUUUUGCGCCGGAGUGGAUGGUGAUAAGCCCUUGGAAUGGCGCAAAAAAUUUGGAUGGACCGGCUUCUGUGGACCGAGUGGUAGUCAGGGGGUAGAUUCUUGUGGCAAGUGCUUAAAUGUGACCAACACUGCCACUGGAGCUUUUGAAACGGUGAGAAUCGUCGAUACAUGCGGCACUGGAGGCCUAGAGUUGGACCUCGAGACUGCGUUUAAACCCAUUGACACUGAUGGAAACGGCAUUAGACAAGGUCACCUUACUGUGGACUAUGCUUUUGUGGAUUGUGAUGCAGACGACAACGUCCCAGAUGCUACCGAUGUCACGGCUUACUGGACUGACUACAAACCUUCACAGAAUAGCUGGGAAAUACCUUCUUUUUGCGCCGCAGUGGAUGGUUCUAAGCCCUUGGAAUGGCGCAGUAAAUAUGGAUGGACCGGUUUCUGUGGACCAGUUGGUCCUACGGGAGUAGACGCUUGUGGCAAGUGCUUAAAGGUAACCAACACUGAAACUAAAGACGAGGAAAUAGUGAGAAUCGUUGACACAUGCGGCACUGGAGGCCUGGAGUUAGACCUCGAAACUGCUUUUAAACCGAUUGACUCUAAUGGGAACGGCAUCAGACAAGGGCACCUUAUAGUGGACUAUAAGAUUGUGGAUUGUGACGACGAUGCAGUGCUUGUCUACUCCCAGUAACUUUUUAGUUACAAAGUUAGACUUCCCACUUUCUCAUGAAUAAAUCUGUAAUAAGAGCCUUUAUGUAAUACAAUGUUACUAGGAUGGUAAUCUUUGGUGUUUGGAAAAUGACAUCAAAAAGUGGGAUUCUGUAUGCUAAACUUUCAAUCAACGUCUUAAUGAAGUAAAGCUCUGUGAGAAGGGUGAAUGUUUUGGAA